AUGCAUCUUCUAGCCUUCCUCAUUGGACUUUUUAGCUUGUAUUCCAAUGUCACAGAAGGUAAUAAAGUGACCCAGCCUGCAGUCAUGGUGGCCAACAGACAUGAAAAGGCCAUACUAGUCUGUGGCUACAAAAUACAUGGCGAAGUGACAGUGAUGAGGUUCAGCCUGCUCAAGAAAACAAUCAACACAACUACAGAGAUUUGUAGUUUCUCUUACAAAAUGAAUUAUGAAACAUCCACUACUGGCACCCAGUGUGAAGCUGUGCUCAGUCCUAGUAAUAUGACAAUACACAUUACAGGGCUGCAGACAGAAGACACAGGGAUGUAUGUCUGCAAACUGGAAGUUAUGUACCCACCUCCCUACCGGACCUUCGAGGGCAACACAACCUUCAUCUAUGUCAGUGAUCUUAUUUCAGAGUGUGCACAGUUAUCUGAUUCACCCAAGUCUGACCUGUAUGAGAGGGGACUCCUAGUCAUCUGUGUUGUUACAUUUACCUACAGUAUUUCUGUUACCUGCAUCUUGCUGAUUUGUAAGCAACGAAGGAAGAGAUGGAAUACUGGAUUAUUUGAGAAGAUACUACAAUCAGAUUCAGUGCAACAUAAGAACUAUUCACCCUACUAUAUCCAAAUUAACUGA